AUGUGUGAAACAGAUGUGACAUUAGCUGAAGGAGAUGAAGGCCCUUCUAGAAGUGCAGAACCAAAAACCCAGUCUCCUGUGACUGAAAUUGAUUUAAAUGAUGUGUGUGGUGCUCUAGUUGCACAUUUACAAUCUUCUGGAGUUGCUCAUAGCACAGUACAGUCUGUUGUUCUUUCAAUGGAGAAUUUAGUCAGUGAAAUACAAACUAGAACAAAGGAGGCUGUUCUUAAAAAUAUUCCACCUGUACAUUGGGAGAAAGUUGAAGGCUGCUUACGUUCAAUAGAAAACCCUUUUACAAAUUUUAAUACAGAAGCAAAGCGUCAUAAAUAUUAUAAGAGCAAGUGGGAAAUUGUCGAGCCAGUAGAAUAUGUUCUUGGGGUCAGAUUUGAUGUGCGACGGGAUAGAACAUCGGGGAUAUACUGCCAAAUUCCUGUACCAGAAAAGUUUGUUUAUGUCCCUGUUUUAAAAACAAUUCAAUCAUUGUUUAGAAACAAAGAAAUACUUGAUGCCUUCCAACAGCCAAAACACCACACUGAAGGUCUUUAUAAUGACAUUUGUGAUGGAGAAUAUGUCCAAAACAAUAGUCUUUUUAGAUCUGAGAACAACUCAUUGCAGCUUCAACUUUAUUAUGAUGACUUUGAGACAGCAAACCCAUUGGGUUCUAAAAAGGGAAUGCACAAACUUGGUUGUAUGUAUUUCAUUUUGCGAAAUCUUCCUCCAAAAUUCAAUUCAGUUUUAAUGAAUAUUCACCUUGUUUUACUUUUUCACUCUGAUGAUGUGAAGAAAUAUGGCUUUGAUACAAUUCUUAAGCCUUUUGUGGAGGAUUUGAAAACUUUAGAAACCCAUGGAGUCCUUACUCCUUUGUCUGACACUCCAUUGAAAGGAACUGUUGUUCAAGUCACAGGAGACAACUUGGCUCUGCAUAGUUUAUUUGGUUUUGUAGAAUCAUUUAGUGCAACCUACUGUUGUCGUUUUUGUUUGGCUGAAAAAGAUGCCUUUCAGUGGAUCUUUACUGAAGACCACCCUGAUGUUCUUUUUUGCACUAAAGAAGCACAUUUGGUGCACUGCAGUGCUCAGGAAGAAAGUUCAAAUGUAUCUUCUACUUUUGGGGUGAAGAAAGCUUGUUUGUUGAAUACACUGAAGUUUUAUAAUACUUGUGAAAAUUUUGCUGUUGAUAUAAUGCAUGACAUUUUGGAAGGCGUGGCACAGUACGAGUUGAAACUUAUUUAUCAACAUUUGGUGAAUGAGAAGAUGUUUGCCCGAAGCGUUUGCAUCGCAGUCCUACUGCUUCUUUGGCAGGAGGAUUCAGAUAUUUUUUACCCAUUUGGUGAGAAUCAGGGGGAUAUAAUAAACCCACGAUCAGAUGAUGGAGGAUCAUCUGCCAUUUACUUAUAUGUCCCAUUUCCAUUUUUUGGCAAUAUAUACACAACAGUUUUUGUCAAUAACAAUGGUUUCAUUACAUUUAACUACGGCUCAGGACAAUAUUAUCCAAAUAUGUUUCCAUCCUAUUCAGGAAUGGACAUAAUUGCUCCUUUUUGGACAGAUAUAGACAACAGGAACAAUGGAGUGAUUUCAUACCAACAGUACACUGAUCCAUUGACGCUCCAACAGGCCACAGAGGAUGUCCGCCAGUAUUUCCCAGGAAACUUCACUGCAACUUUGGUUUUUGUGGCUACAUGGGACAGAGUACCAUAUUAUCCAGUAACAUCAACGGAGUCCACAUUCCAAGCAGUUUUGAUCACCAAUGGGGAGAGUUCAUAUAUUAUUUUUAACUAUGGACCUCUAACACCAAGAUACAAUGUCCAGGCUGGCUACAAUUCAAUGACUGGGGCACAUUAUUUUAGCAUUCCUGGCUCCUUUACAUACAAUAUAAAUAUGCUACAAAGCACCAGCAAUAUCAACGUCAUGGGUCGAUGGGCAUUCUACACUGGAAGUGCAACCAAUGGCUGCAUGGUUGAUGGACAUCUGCAACCAAUUAACUUCGUGUCAUGGAUGGACAAUGCCUGUCAGAACAGAUGUCAGUGUAUGAAUGAUGGGACAUUGCAGUGCUGGUCUCAGCCCUGCUCCUUCAAUGAGGUCUGCCAGCCAUCUGAUCAAUAUUAUACCUGCCAGUAUAUACCAAUCAGCACCUGUAUAGUAACUGGGGACCCACACUAUUACACAUUUGAUGGUCGUCUGUUCCAUUUCCAAGGCACAUGCACCUAUGUUCUGUCUCAGCUCUGCAACAAUGGAGGAAACUUGAUGUAUUACCGAGUCGAAGCCAAAAAUGAAAACAGAGGCAACUCCCUUGUUGCAUGGACAAGACUUGUGAGAGUCAUUGCCUAUGAACAAGAAAUCGAACUGAUAAAAGAGUAUCCUGGACAGGCAAUGGUAAAUGAUCAUUUAGUAGCUGUUCCCAUCUCUUUGCUCAAUGGGAAGAUCAGAGUUUAUCAGACUGGCUUCUCCUUGGCCAUCACCACUGAUUUUGGACUUACUGUCACCUAUGACAUGUACAGUUAUGUCACUGUGAAUGUCCCUAACAGUUACAACAAUGCUACAUGUGGACUGUGUGGCACCCUCAAUUCCAACCAGGCAGAUGAUUUCUUGACCUCGGAGGGAUUAGUUGUGAGUUCAGAUAUUGAGUUUGGCAACAGCUGGAAAGUAGCUGACAAUGACUCCAACUGCCACGGUCCUUGCACUGACAGGGCCUGCUUGGUGUGCCAGCCAUAUCAAGAAGCCCAGUUUUCCAGCAGUAGCUACUGUGGGCUAAUGCGUGAUGUUCAAGGACCUUUCAAUGCCUGCAUUCAACUGCUUCCCCCAGAGAAUUUUAUUGAGAGUUGUGUUUAUGACUUGUGUACUACAAGUGGUUACCAGAUGGUGUUGUGCCAGGCAUUACAUGGGUAUUCAGCACAGUGCCAGAGAAUUGGAGGUCAGCCUGGGCAAUGGAGAACACCAGGCUUUUGUGAGAUGUCCUGUCCUCCAAACAGUCACUAUGAGGAGUGUGGGACAGCUUGUCCAGCUACCUGCACAGACCCAAGUGCCCCCUCUCACUGCACCUCACCAUGUAUGGAGUCAUGUAUUUGUAAUCCAGGGUAUGUCCUUAGUGUUGGUGACUGUGUUCCCUUAUACCAAUGUGGCUGUACAUUUGAAGGCCGUUACUACGCUGAAGGAGCUCAAGUUAUCUUAGAUGAAGACUGUGGCAGAUCCUGCAUGUGCUCUCAAUCAACAAUGCAGUGUGUCCAGAAUAGCUGUGGAGCUCAGGAGGAGUGCAGACUCGAAGCUGGUGUUCGUGCUUGUUACCCACAGGCCUAUGGAACAUGCUGGAUAGAGGGCUCUCUGCGUUACAGAACAUUUGAUGGGCUCAACUUAGAAUACGCUGCAGGAUGCCAACUCAUUCUAGUCAAACUGCGCAACAUGACCACGCUGCCAAACUUUGUAGUAUCAGUACAGAAGGUGCCAACAGGUGAUAGCGGGUCCAGUUUUACCAGUCUGCUUCACCUUGAAGCCUAUGCUACUCUGGUUACUAUAGCAACAGGAGACAUCAUCACUGCUCAGGUCAAUGGGCAAUAUGUAAGUCUGCCUUAUAACUCAGACAGAAUCCAAGUGUUCUUCACUGGCAUUUCACAAGUUACAAUUCAGACUGAUUUUGGUGUCACAAUACGGGUUGACUGGCCUCAUCUCCUCACUGUGACGGUACCAAGUACUUAUUCAGGAGCACUUGUCGGCAUCUGUGGAAACUUUAACUUUGACGUAACGGAUGAAUUUCAGACACCUGAUGGACUCUUAGUGAGUGAUGCUCAGACCUUUGGUGACAGCUGGAGGGAUGGAAGUUUGUCCGACAACUGCGUGGAGAACAGACAUUCUUUACUUAACUGUACUCAGGAGGGAGAUGAAGUUUACUCAUCAGAUCAGUACUGUGGAAUCAUAUCUCUUCCCAGUGGGCCAUUCCAGGCAUGCCACAGUGUGAUAAAUCCUCUUGAGUACAUUACAAACUGUGUCAGUGACAUGUGCCAUUUGCAGGGAAGUACAACAGUCCUUUGUGAGGUGAUUCGAAAUUAUGCAAAGGAGUGCCAGCGGAUGGGUGUUGCCAUAUCAGAGUGGAGGAACUUGACAAGCUGCGAUUUGACCUGUCCACCAAAUAGCCACUAUGAACUGUGUGGCUCCUCCUGCCCAGCCACUUGCCCCAGCCUCUCUUUUCCUUUCCCAUGUCAAACUCCCUGUGAAGAAGGGUGCAUUUGCGACAACGGGUAUAUCUUGAGUGGUCCACGCUGUGUGCUGCCCACUGAGUGUGGCUGUUUCUAUCAAGGACAAUAUUACUCACCUGGGGAGAGCUUUUGGCAGGGUGCAGGCUGCCAAACCAGCUGUACUUGUGAUGGAAACACUGGAGUCGUCCAGUGUUUCAGUGCUUCUUGUGGUCCACAAGAGUCAUGUGAAAUCACGAAUGGAGUAUACGGGUGUCAACCGAAUUAUCAAGGUUUAUGUAUUGCAGCAGGAGACCCUCAUUACUAUACUUUUGAUGGAAAUGCGUAUGAUUUUCAAGGGACUUGUAGAUAUGUCUUAGCCCAGUUGUGCAAUGAAUCACUCAGCCUGGAGAGUUUCAGAGUUGAGGGUAAGAACAGAAGAUGGUAUGACAGCUAUGCAUCCAUCACAUCUGAAGUGUUUGUGUACGUCUAUGGACAGAUGAUACAUUUCUCAGGAGACUAUAACUAUAUGGUACAGGUUGAUGAUAUAAAUACAAAUGUCCCAGCAUACCUAGGGAAUGGACAGAUCAUGCUGUACCAAAGUGGUUCCUACUCUACACUGCAAACAGAUUUUGGUCUAACAGUAACAUAUGAUGGCUACAGUGUUGUAACAAUUACACUUCCAUCAAGGUAUAGAGGAGCCACUUGUGGUUUAUGUGGCAACUUUAAUGGACAGCCUUAUGAUGACUUCAUUACCCGCUCCGGGAUUCUGGCUUCUGAUAUCCUCCAAUUUGCUUCAGAUUGGCAGAUUCAGACCAAUGAAAGCUGUUGUAAUAACUGUGAUUACAGCCAAAUGUGCCCUGAUGAAAGUCUCUACCGCUCUCCAAACUACUGUGGCAUGAUGGCAGACCCCAAUGGUCCUUUUAGAAUUUGUCAACAAGUUGUUGAUCCACAGCUCUACAUAAACAAUUGUGUCUAUGAUCUCUGUUCAUCUGGACAAAAUUCUGAGAUGUUUUGCCAAGCCAUUCUGAGCUACAGUGGAGCCUGCCAGGUAGCAAAUGCCAGAGUUUUACCAUGGCGCAAUGGGACUGUAUGCCAGAUGGAGUGCCCUGAAAACAGUCACUAUGAGCUGUGUGGAACUGAAUGUGACCAGACAUGUUCACCGUCAAUCUUUUCCUACUGUGACCAGACUUGUUCAGAGGGAUGCUUCUGUGAUGAAAACUACCAGCGCAGUGGGAGUCAGUGUGUUCCCAUAGAACAGUGUGGCUGCCUUUAUGAUGGGGUUUAUUACAUGAUUGAUGAGCUCAGAUGGGCCCCUGACUGCAGCCAGAAGUGCCAGUGCACAGUUAAUGGUAACUUUGAAUGUGUAGCAGUCAGCUGUAACACCAAUCAGCAGUGCACCGUGCGAAAUGGGCAGAGAGGGUGCUAUGAUCAGAUGUCCACGUGCACCGUAAUGGGAGACCCUCACUACUUCACAUUUGAUGGACAAGUUGUCAACUUUCAGGGAACCUGUGCUUAUGAGAUCUCAAGGACAUCCGGCAACUCAUCCAAUUUCACCUUCAGAGUGGUGGCGGAGAACAGGAACCGGGGCAGCGCUUUGGUUUCAUUUGUUUCUGCAGUGAACAUAUGGCUGUCUAAUGAAAUGGAGAACGUUUACAUUAGCAUCGGGCCAAACAACUUUGUGCAAAUAAAUGGAAUUCCCACAUCAAUUCCUGCUGUUAUCAGCUCCUUUGCUACAGCAUUUUUGGACAACCGCUUUGUAGUGGUAAACACUUCCAAGAAUAUGGAGGUUCGCUUUGAUGGCUCUGGAAAUCUUCUUGUCAGAGUUGGCCAGCAGUAUAUGAAUAUUUUGGAAGGUAUGUGUGGAAACUUCAAUGGAGACCCAACGGAUGACAGGGUGCUUCCCACUGGAGAGCAAACAUCAUCCGAUUUUGAAUUUGGAACAGCCUGGAAGUCAGAUAUCAGUCAGCAAGGUUGCCAGGAGCAAAAUGAUACAUCCUUCACAUGCGACAACCAGGCAGAAUAUGAAAGCCUCUGCAGUAUAAUCACAAACUCAACAGGACCUUUUGCAGUGUGCCAAUCUUUUGUGAACCCUCAGAAUUACUUUGAUGCCUGUCUAUACGACUUGUGCAUGUACAGCAAUUAUAACAGGAUGAUUUGCUCGGCUGUGGCAUCAUAUGAGGCAGCAUGCAACAUUCAGGGACUGCAGAUUCCUGCUUGGCAACCUUUUGUGGACUGCUAUGAGUCAGAUCCUUGUGAACAGCUACACUGCACAGAAAAGGAAUGGUGCGGAGAGAGAGAUGGAGUGUUUGGCUGCUUCUGCUAUUUUCAUGAUGUCACUUUGAGCGAAAAUGAGUACGAUUUUAGGGACACUUGUCAGGGUGGCUCAGGAUCACUGUCACUCUCACGAUGCCUCCUGUUUGAAGAUGGCCUUGUAGCUCGUGACCUGCACAUGAAUGAUCCCAAUUGUACUGGAGCCAUUGUGGAUGGCCGAGUCGAGUUCAACUUUGACAGCCUAGGAAAUCAAUGUGGAACCACACUUACGAUGAACAGCACUCAUUUUGUGUAUAGGAACAGCAUUGUUGGUUCAGCAGAUGAUGUUUAUGGGGCAGUCAUUAGUCGAGCAAAGCAGGUCAACAUUUCAUUUGACUGUGCAUAUCCAAUAAUAGAGCAGGCCUCUAUCUUUGGCUUGAAUCCAGAACAGACUGUGGUUUAUGAAGAACUGCCAGGGGGUGAAGGUCAUUACCAGGUCAUGUUGGUUGCUUACCACGAUGCCCAGUUUCAGCAGCCCUAUUCUGGCGGGAUGCUAAAUGUUUUCCUCGAUGAGAAAGUAUACGUUGCUGCCAAUGUUUUUGGAGUUGAUGAAACUCAGUUUGUCAGUACACUGCAAUCAUGCUGGGCGACUCCAGACACAGACCCAGAUAGUGAACUCCGCUGGGACCUCAUCAUACAUCAGUGUCCCAAUCCCCUUGAUGGGACAGUAAAGAUAAUCCAAGAUGGCAUCUCCACAGUGAGCCGCUUCUCUUUCAAUAUGUUCCGUUUCAAGGCUGAUUCUAACCACCUCUAUGUUCACUGCAACAUUCAGCUCUGUAAUUUCCAGUUUACAAGCUGCACAGUGCGUUGCCCCCGGAGAUCACCAUACAGAGUGUCCAGAUCGAUUAAAUCUGCCAGAUCAGUGACACACAGACUUGAUGUAAAGGAAUCAAAGUGAUGGAAGAAUAAUCAGAAUUCAUCCUAGUUUUUCAUCUGGCUGGAGCAUUAUGUUUGAAAUCAAGAGAAGAAAAUGCCAGAAGAUCCAACAGGAUGCUUACUAACAUCAUUAAAUUAAUUAAACAUUAAUUAAAACUUUCUUAUAAAUGAGACAAUGAAUUUUAAUUAUCUUAAUACAUUUAUACAUUUGUGGUGGUUGAUUUUGGGAAUGACCUUACAUUGAAUAAAACCUUGUGAGUUUAA